AUGACAAUCAACAAUGACUUUGGGACGUCCUACAUACCCACGACCUUGAAGAAGCUGAGUCAAAUUUCUUCCCAAGAAAGACUAUACGGCAAUACCUACACAGGCCGCUCGUCUCCUGCCGAGAUAAACCGCGUGGCUAAUGACACACUUGGCUUUUCUGAGAUCUUCGUCGUUGGUCUACCGGAACGAAGUGACAAACGUGAUGCUUUGGUACUCUCGGCAGCCCUUACCGGCUUUCACGUUGAAUGGGUAGAUGGCGUUGAAGGGGAGACUAUACCGGACAAAGCCGUACCAUUUGGAAUUAACAGAUACAGUGUGACGGAGAGUAACCUUGGGAGUUGGAGAGGCCAUAUGAACGCUAUAAGAAGGAUUGUUGAGGAAGAUCUCGAGUCUGCUCUGAUAAUGGAAGACGAUAUGGAUCGGGACGUGCGGCUGCGUUCUCAGCUCGAGGAAAUCGCGAAAGGAUCUCGGAUGCUUCUCAACAGCGCAUCAAGUCCCAGUUCGCCAUAUGGAGAUGGAUGGGACAUUCUCUGGAUUGGGCACUGCGGCGAGCCUUUCCCCGAGUAUCUAGACGAGAACAAGAACAAGCCGGGGGACCGUCCUGGUAUCCAGUACAUGAAGAGAAGAUACGCCAUCGAAGAUAACAUCACAGUCCCGCCGCCAGAUAGGACAACUGGAAUGAUCGACUUCCAUGCUCACCCGUAUACCCGUUUUGUUCACAUCUGUGCGGCUCCUAUAUGCUCGUUCGCAUACGCACUGUCGCAGUCUGGGGCUCAGAAGGUACUCUUCGAUCUUUCAGUCGACCAUCUUACGGGCGCGUUUGACAAUGCAUUGGCUGGCCUAUGCCGUCGCUCGGUCUCGUCCGUGGGCGAGGAGAACCCUGACAAUGAUCGUGGGCUGGACACCAAGUGCAUCAGUGUAACACCACCUGUUUUCUUUCACCACAAGGCAAAAGGCUUCGUUUCUGGUGAUAGCGAUAUUCAUGAGACAGCUUCAGGUGAUGUUCGCGAGAAGGGGACGACGGAGAACAUUAUGUGGAGUGCAAGAAAUAACAUCUACGAUAUGAUAAUGGAUGGAGAGAUGGAGAGUCAGUUUUAA